AUGGCGGGGACAGAGCACUCAGGUAUUCAUGUCACCGUAACCCUCGAAGAUGUCGACCUUUGUGAGCCCAUCCCUAAGCGAACCAUCACCCUCCGUGCCCCGGCGUGGCAGGUCAAUAUUGGUCGUGGCACUCAGAGCGGCUACGGGAGCAUCGCUGCAGCCCCAGACAAUACCUGGUUUGACUCGAAGGUUAUGUCACGAAACCAUGCCGUCUUGCGAGCAGAUCCUGUGACAAAGGACAUUCUGAUCGAAGACAUCGGCUCGAUGCACGGCACUCAGCUCUGUGGGAGGAGACUAGCAACGCACCAGGUUGAGAAAAUCUGGACUGACGACACUGUGACCCUCGGUGCUAAUGUGGUGAGAGGCAGUGCCCAUUUCAGCGCUCUUAGACUACGAGUCGCUUGGAAAUGUUCUGAUUCCAAUAAUCCCCAUUCACCUCACAGCAACAUCUAUCGAAAUACCUUUACUGCCGACUACUACAGCGAAGACGAGGCAUACGAGGAACCUUCUUCGGAAAUUCUGGGUGACCAAGAAGAACACGACUACCAGGCUUUCGAGGAGGUUGACGGCCACCUUUCCGAGCCCGACAGCGAAGAUCAGGUCAUUCAAGAUUCCGUCCGUGAAGCCAGCGUCGAGAUCGUCGUACCCCAGGCCCGAACCUUCACUACCCCAGACUCUGAUGAGGCUUCCACUCAGGACAGCUCGUCGCUCGGGGAACUUUCAGAUGACGAGACAGAGUCUGCAAUGAGGUCGAAGAUCGUCACCCUGUCGCCCGUCUACACUCUUACUCCAGUUACGUCAACCACGCACCUUGACAAAACUGAACCCUCUCAACCAUCAGCCACUAGUCCAGCAGAUGUUAUCCACUUUGGAAAGAGUUAUGGCGACGAUGAUAUCUCUGGACCCGAGUCCUAUGCCGAUGACGAGCUCGAGAACGAAUACUCGGAUCCCCUCGAAACAGACUAUAUUCCCUCUUCGCAGACUGAGGCCGCUCCAAGCAGCUCCAUGAUGAAUGCUACAAUGCCACCAGAGCACGGCCGAGCUCCAAGCCCGUCUGAUGCAGCCAUGGUUAAGCCCUCAGGGGAAUCUGCAAACUUAGCCUCGUCGGCGGCUCCUCCAUUCCCUUCCUACCCGCAGUAUGACCUACCAUUUUGCGGUUUCGUACAUCCGGCAGGCCGACCAGGACCUGACUUGGCUGAUAACAACUCUGCUUUUGGUGAACCUGUGCCACGGCCACCAGCGCAGCAGCGAUUUCAGUUUGAUUCAGCUUACCACCCGUCUCACACUACUUGUCCACCGGUUUACGCUACGCCUUUCGCUUUCCAAGCACCUGCGGUACCUCCCCCAGCUCACCCAUUAUCGCCGCUUUCAAUUGCAAGCCUGGUCCAACAACAGCCAGAGGAAGAGUCAAAGGGUUCCAAGAAACGAAAGGCUGACCAAAUCUGCUCUGACACCCUCCAUGCCAACGCUGCGCAUUCCGAGUUUGGGUCCUCUGAAAUUGGCGACCUGAAUACCGCUCCUUUGCCAAAUGAUGCAGAUAUUGCGAGUCCUACCGUCGAAACCGGCGAGCCAAGUCAGCCAGCCUUGGCUAUGGAAGUCGCAGGGAGGUUACAUGCCACCAAUUCCGAGCCACCGCGAAAGAAGGCCAGGAGAACAAAGUCGAGAGCUGGCGAGCGACGUGGCAAUGGCAUCAUCAAAAUGGCUGCAGCUACCAUUACAGGGAUGGCCAUUGGCGCUGUAGGCACCGUUAUUGGCCUUGCAGCUUUGCCACAAGACUACUUCGUUUGA